GAGGGCGGUGCUCUUGAGAACGUCCCAACCUUCCUCCCAAAGAUCCCGGCGUACCCGGGUUGAUUCCUAGCGAGGGCCAUGGGAAGCAAGAAAGUCAUUAAACGGUAUGUUUCUGGCUUGACCAUUGAAAGACGACGGAGUUCAUUAAAAAAUAGUAGUACAAGCAAGGAGGCUUAGAAGUUUAGUGUUACGGAACUACACUCACUGCCCACGAAUACGAGGCUUUCAAGAACAAAUCAGGAAAACCGGUACCUGCUCUGCUGUAGCCUGGGGAAGAAGCGAAAAGGUGCCUUGGGCAUUGGUUUUUAAACCGUGUCGCUUUCCCUCUCUCUCUCUCUCUCUCUCUUUUUUCGUUCUUUUUUCACCAUCCUGCUUUUUUAUCAUUAAAUAACAAUACCUUCAUCAUGGCUGAAAUCGCCUCGUCGGAGGUUCUCAUCUCAGAGCUCCCCACCAAGCAGAUUAUUCUAGCCCCUAAGCAAGCGACCGUAGUUCGUGAGAUCUUCACAUCCAUCCAACCCGGUCAAAACGAAAUCACCAUUAUUGGUCUCGACCCCAAGGUCAACCCUGAAUCCAUUCGCAUCGAAGGCUCCGGCUCCGCAGUCAUCACAGAUAUCCAGACCAAUAUUAUCCCGCGACAAGAGCACUUUGAAGAUGUCUAUCCCUCGGAGACGGAGGAGGAAACAGCGACGAGUGAGGAGGACGAGGAUUUCUCCGAGGACGAGGAUGGACUAAAUGACCCCGAGAUGCAGGAAAUCCGAAAGGAGAUCGCAGAAGUAGAAGCGAAGCUCGCGAAAGCGCGCAACAUUAUCAACGCAUCAAUCUCGGUGCUAAAAAUGAUGGACGAAUACGGCAAGAACCUACAUGGCGAAAAACAGAAAAAUGUGUCGAAGCUGGAUGAUUUUUUAAGUGUCUAUACUGUGCGACGCGCGGACGAGGCAGAGCGCCACCAUAAGGCAAACGCUGAGCUCGAUAGCGGCCAAAAAGAGAUUGCAAAAUUACAACGGAAAUUAUUCCGACGGCAGAUGCGUUACGCACAGGAGCAGAAAAAGGCUUCCAGGGCUAUUCGCCGUCGAAAUGAGAAGCGCGCGCGAAUCCGCCAGCAGAGGAAACUCAAAGUGGAGCGUGUGCGUCGCGAGCAGCGGUCCUUCUGGACGAGCGAUGUCGGCCAGAUCAUCGUGUCGCUUGAUAGUCAGAUGCUAGGGGCAUUCGCAACCCCCAUGUCAAGCCGACGCAGCUCGAUCAUCGAAAAGCCCGCGGGGGAGCGAUCGACUGAGAAACAGGAGCCGAUUGAUGUGGUUUUGCGUCUGAGCUACAUCGUUCCAGGACCCCACUGGGUUUCGCGUUACGAACUUCGGAUCAAUUCGCCGUCGUCAUCUGCCCAGAUGACCUACCGUGCAGAGUUUACGAACUCGUGCUCUGAAACAUGGAAGGACACCCGUCUCACACUGUCCACCUCCAAAGCUUCGUUUAGCGGGAUUGGCGUGCGCAUUCCUUCCCUGGAGGCCUGGAAUAUCAAAUUGGUCACGGCGCAUUCCAAGGCAAGCCCGUCCUGGGACAAGAUCUUGAACAGCCAACGACAAUAUCCAGCUUCCAAUGUUUUCGAUCCAGUAAAAAAUAAAGGCGGGCUCUUUACAAGAGCACAACAACAGAUGCAGUGCCAGCUUCAAGCACAGGCUCGCCUUGCAGCGCCUGCCGCAACAUCAGGCCUAUUCGGAGGACUGGCACCAUCGUAUCCCCAACCUCAAUCGGCCUUGGGGUUUGCAGCAAAUGUUUCGCAGCCAUCAACUUUUGGGGCGCCGGAUCAACAAUCGCUGGCUCAAUCGGCCUUUGGGUCUGCGGCAGUACCGCAGCAAACGGGGGGGCUCUUCGGAUCAAGCACACAACCAAGGGGCUUUGGUCAGGCACCGCAGCCCCCACCUCCACCUCCACCAGCGCGAGCCUUAGCUGCCCCGGGGAUACCAGCGGCAGCAGCAGCAGCAGCAGCAGCAGCGACAGAAAGCGCAAAUGUAGAAUCAGAUCUGCCAAGUUCUGACAACAGCGACCCAAUACUCACAGCUGGUGUGGCUGCGGAGCUCGAAGAGCUCGACGACAGCGACAAAGAUAAUUUGGCGGACACGAACAGCCUCGUGCUGGCUGUCCUAGAACAUCAAGACUCGGUCAAGCAAGACUACGGCAUGACUACAACAUACGAGAUCCCAGGGCAACGCACCCUAGUCCCCUCGCACGUCUGUCGGCGCCACGUCCUCGCUGAACUGGACCUGAAAUCCGUAGCGUUGACUUACGUGAUCGUGCCUAAGCUACGCGAAGCCGCGUUCCUCCGGGCCCGGAUCAAGAACACUUCCUCGCUCACGCUUCACCCUGGCCGAGUGGGGAUCACGGUCGACGGGUCAUUCGUGGGCACGGCGUCACUGGACACGUGCGGACCCAACGUCUACUUCAACAUCUCGCUGGGCAUUGACCCCGGUAUUGAAGUGAAGUACGCCAAGCCCACGGUAAGGCCGCUGACGGGGACGAUGUUCUUCAACAAGGAAGACGGAGCAAAGUUCCGCCGGUCUUGCUGGGUGAAGAACAACAAGAGCACGGCGGUUGACCUAAUCGUGUCUGACCAGAUCCCGGUGACAGAUGAUGAGAAGCUUCGGUUGAGUAUUCGGGAGCCGCAGGGGCUGGAGAAAGAAGGCGACCAAGCGAAUCUGCAGAUGGAGAAGCGUAAAGGGCACGGUACCGUGAAGUUGUCAAAGAACGGCGACGUCACCUGGAUGCUUCGUCUCCAACCAGGCCAGGACAUGCGACUCGUACUGGAGUAUGAGGCGAAAGUGCCCACUGGGAAUGAUGUGGCGGCGGUAUGAACAACCUAGCACUUAACCUAGCAUUUAACCAACUACCUGGAAUUUCUUCUCGUUCAUGACACCCUGCCUCUGUGCGUCCAAAUCAAGUCACCAAUCAAAACUCCCGGGCAUUUUCCCCUUGGGUUUCGUCUCGCUCUCAGUACUUGUCCCAGUGGCCGUAACCAUAGAAGUAGAAGUAGAAGUAGAAGUAGAAGAAGAAGAAGAAGAAGAAACCCCCCACCUCUCCCUCCAACAAGCCAACUCCUCCUUCCACAAAUCAUUUACACAGGGAUCACAAGAACUCCCACAGCACUCGCCCAAGCCCGGCGGUGGAGGGGGAUCGUCACAGGCCCGCGCCGCCGCCCGGACCAGUUGUUUUGAGCGGAUGGCAGAGAGUCGCUUUGCGUUUUUGAUCCGGGGGACGUCUUUUGGGUCGUAGAGGGGGGUGGCCAUUUUUUUUUUUUUUUUUU